UGUGACUUGUGUUUCCGUCCCUGUUCCCACACCACACCUCAACACAGAUGCCUGUAGCAGAGAGACUCAAUACGGAAAAUCGGAGAAUUCAAAUCUGAGUUACAGGCUAUGGAGUGGGUUCGUGGCCAAAUUGUCGGUCGUGGAAGCUUUGGGACUGUGAAUUUGGCGAAACCCAGGAGCCGGAGCACCCUGUUUCCUCCUUUGAUGGCCGUGAAAUCUUCUGCCGCUUCGCUCUCCGCUUCACUUGUGAAUGAACGGUGUGUACUGCAGGAGCUCAACGAUUGUCCCCAGAUUGUUCGAUGCCUCGGUGGCGAUUUCAGCUUCGAGAAUGGCGAGAAAUUGUAUAAUGUCCUGUUGGAGUACGCUUCCGGCGGUGCUUUAGCUGAUAAGCUUCGGAAUUCCGGUACCGGCCGGCUGUCGGCGAGCGAUGUGCGGCGGUACACCAAGUCUUUGCUCAAGGGGCUGCAUUAUGUUCACAAGAACGGGUAUGUUCAUUGUGAUCUCAAGCUUCAGAACAUUCUUCUCUUUUCUCGAAAAGAUGUUCAAGAAGAUGAUGUGAAAAUUGCGGAUUUCGGGCUGGCGAAGAAAGCUGGAGCGGGGAGAGAAAAGGCGGGGAUGGAGUUGAGAGGUACGCCGCUGUACAUGUCGCCGGAGAUGGUCGCCGCCGGCGAGCAGGAGGCCCCGGCGGACGUGUGGGCGUUGGGGUGUUUGGUGGCGGAGAUGGCCGGGGCGGAGGUGUGGAGGUUCCCACCGGGGGCUGACGUUUGCGGGCUCUUGAUGAGGAUCGGCGUCGGUGAGGAGGUCCCGGAGAUUCCCGGAAAAUUGUCGGCCGAAGGAAGAGAUUUCCUGGGAAAGUGCUUUAUCAAGGACCAGAGAAAGAGAUGGACGGCUGAGAUGCUUCUAAAUCAUCCCUUCGUCGUCGAUGAGAACAGUGAUCACGACGACACUGUUCCAUUAGAGGAGACGUGCGAACCCUGCUCGACCUCUCCCAGAGCUCCGUUCGAUUUCCCCGACUGCGAUGAGCAGACCUCUAGCACAUUUACCUUUACACCGUCGCCGGAAUAUUCUUCAGAACAGGACACAUCGCCGGCGGAGAAGCUUCGGCCACUGGUGGCCGGUCAGAUACCCGAUUGGCCUGUUUCGGACAGUUGGAUCACAGUAAGCCUUCAGAUCGGCGAAACGUGCUCUUCUGAAAAUAAGUGCGACGCCGGCCUACGCUGCGGAACAUGCCCCGCCAAUGGCAACACCCGCCCCAGAUGCACCCGCAUUCAGCCCAUCUCGCCCACAUCCAAGGCGAAAGGUCUGCCGUUCAAUCAGUACUCGUGGCUGACGACGCAUAACUCUUUUGCGCUUUCCGGGGCGAAGUCGCAGACCGGAUCGGUCCUAAUCAGCCAGGAGAAUCAAAAUGAUUCUGUCACCAGCCAGCUCGAAAAUGGGGUGCGGGGCUUGAUGCUCGACAUGUACGAUUUCAUGAAUGAUAUCUGGCUAUGCCACUCCUUUGGUGGGAAAUGUUACAACUUCACAGCAUUUCAACCUGCCAUCAAUGUGUUGAAAGAGAUCCGAACUUUUCUGGAAGCAAACCCAUCAGAAAUCGUCACCAUAUUCAUCGAGGAUUACGUGUCGUCUUCACAGGGCUUGACAAAGCUCUUCAGCGCAUCCGGCCUCAGUAAAUACUUGUUCCCAGUCUCUCGGAUGCCCAAAAAUGGCGGAGAUUGGCCUACCGUGGAUGAUAUGGCACAGAAAAAUCAGCGCUUGGUCAUCUUCACCUCAAAAUCGUCCAAGGAAGCCUCCGAGGGGAUUGCUUAUGAGUGGAAAUAUGUCGUAGAAAAUCAGUAUGGCAGCGAUGGAAUGAUUGCUGGUUCCUGUCCAAACCGCGCAGAAUCAUCCCCAAUGAACACAACGACAAAAUCGUUGGUUCUUAUGAACUACUUUUUGACUAAUCCCAAUGAAACAAUGGCUUGUGUUGAUAAUUCUGCCACGCUAAUUAGCAUGACAAACACUUGUUAUCAAGCAGCCGGCAAGCGGUGGCCGAACUUCAUUGCCGUUGAUUUUUACCAGCUGAGCGACGGUGGGGGCGCCCCGGAAGCUGUGGACGUAGCCAAUGGCCAUCUGACUUGCGGAUGCAAUAACAUCGCCUAUUGCAAGGCAAAUGCAACAUUUGGCACAUGCGAUGUGCCGGUGCUCUCUCCUCCCCCGCCGGCCUCGUUGCCACCGACAGGCGAUGGCUCCGGCAGCGGAGCAUCUCAAGGGCCAAGCAAUGACUCUACUAUUAGCAGGCCGGUUCAACUGCGUUGGCUGAUGGGGACGAUUUUCACUGCUCUUCUCUUGCUGAGUCUGUAAUUCGCCGGCAACUUUUAUUAAUUAGUUACCUGUUUUUGUACCACUGCCCCAUAUAGAUGCAUUUCUUUUUACAAAAUAAAUAAGCGACCCAUUUGUAUUUGCCAUUGGGUUUGGAUAUAUAUAUAUAUAUAUAUUUCAAAAUUUAAAUACCCUGCAUGCAAGCAAUCAUUUAUAUUGGGUAAAUGUUGCUUGCUUGAUGUAUGCAUGGAUAAGAGUAUGUAUAUCCAAGUUUGGAAGCCACAACUCUUAAACUUAAUUUUGCACUUAAUUAUAAGUUCGCUUAAACUUUAUUAAA